CCGGCGGCGCGUCAGGCGGUGUCUGUGUCCGUGUCCCGGGCCGAAUGCAGCAGCAGCAGCCGCCAGUGGCAGUGGCGAUGGCAAGCAGGCUGCGGGUCAAUCGCAACCUGCCCGCCGCUGUCACCCAGUGCUUCUCGGUGGUCGCCCUGUGCACGGCGGUGGCCGAUCCCAACUGGUUCCAGGUCGUCCUGAACGGCACCUCCCCGCAGAUCUACGGGGUGGCGUACGUGGUACGGCUGCAGGGAAACAUCACGGCAGAUCCGAAUACUGUCAUGAAUUAUGAAGGAAUCGCUCUCCUGAUAGUGAUGGCCACAUGCAGCUACAUCGGAAUACUGACUGGCUUUGGGGCCUUCAUUUUGAGCUUCUUGGGAUCAAGGCAUCCUCUGUUGUUUAACAUACCAAUUAUGUUACAUUUUAUAACGGCCAUUCUGGACAUUGGGUCACUGGCACUGUGCUCCUACCUGUACUUCCAGGUGAAGUCAAAGCUGAGGAGGAAGAAAUUUGAGAAGAUGACCAUGCAGACGACGCUGGGAGAGAGCUUCGUGAUUGCCGUGUUUGCUCUCAUGUUUGCGGUGACCGCCUCGGCCUUGAGUCUACACAAGGUCCUUCUGAAGGACGUGAGAGUGCCGGAGGGGAGGACAGAAGAGGAGUCGGCCCUGGUGGCUCCACAGCCCUGUGAAAACAAUGAAGAGAGCGGCUAAACUCUUUGCACUACCAGCCCUCUGGGCUCCCUUGGAGUUGUCCGUUUGACCCAGUGAGCUGUGUGCAGCGGUGCUAACGGAUGGGGUCAAAGCACAGGGUCAGAAUGCAGCCCAGGUUGCAAUGGACAGCUCGCUGUAGAGCAACAGGAACGACGUGUUGGACUGCACGAGGAGGAAAAGCUGUAAUGUUUGCUUUAUACAUUAUUUUAAAUGUAUAUUUUUACUCUUUGUACAAUCGCCACCACUUGAAGUAGUAGAUUUUCUGAAGUAGUAGAUUUUCUGAAGUUGUUGCUCAGACAAUGGUGAUUUAUAUCCAAUAAACCUCACUGAGUCUGA